UGAAACAAAUCGUGAAAUGGCGCUUGAAUCGCGUAUUACACAGGAAGAAAUCAAGAAGGAAACAGAAAAGCCAAUUGACAGAGAAAAGACCUGUCCCCUUCUCCUGCGGGUUUUCACCACCAACAAUGGCCGACACCACCGACAAGAUGAAUUUGCCCGUGGCAGUGUUCCCUCCAGUGAACUGCAGAUAUACACAUGGAUGGACGCUACUCUGCGGGAGCUGACCAGCCUCGUCAAGGAGGUGUAUCCAGAGGCCAGGAAAAAAGGAACCCAUUUCAGUUUUGCCAUCGUCUUCCCUGACCUUCGUAGGAAAGUGUAUCGUUUCAAAGACAUUGGCAAUACGGUGUCUGGCAAGAAGUGCGCCGACGACUCCAUGACGCUGCAGUCUCAGCGCUUCCAGAUCGGAGACUAUCUGGACAUAGCCAUCACGCCUCCCAACAGAGCCCAACCCCUCGGUCCACGCAUGAGGCCCUUUUGACCAAAUACAUUCUUGACAAAUACACAAAUCCACCACCAGUUACGAUAAUGUUGCAUUGUUAGUGUUUUUUAGGUAUGAUUUUAGGACUAUUUUGGUGCCCUCUUAUACGAUGUGAUCAAUAAAUGUGAUAUCUCCCCCCCCCCAUAUUUUGAACGUUUUAUUGUGUGGUUAUUCCUGUGUGCUUUGGCUACUCUUGGACGCCCCUCGGCCCAUCCUUCAUGAAAUUUCAAAUAAUCCAUGCACCUAAUACAGAAGCAUGUGAAAAUGGAUGUCCUGAGACAAGGUGUAGGAAGAGUGAUUCCUGAAUUUCAUCAAAGAUAUCAAUUAACUCUGAAGUGCUCUAAAAUGUUUUUCUUGUGCUCAUAACUACUUCUUGAAAAUCAACUUGCAUAGCAAACAAAAAACACUUCAUCAGGUUUUUGCGGUGCGAUUCUGUUGAUUUGACUUCCCCGUAUUAAAACAUUUUGCUUUAUGGCGGACAUUUUAAAUAGUAAUCAUGCCGCAGCUAUCAAGUGUUUGUGUUUAAGCGCCAAAACUAGCACACAUUUUGCUUUGAGGUGCUAUUUCAAACUUGUGCUCUGAUGCUAAUGACUUUUUUUCUCCAAGGUCCGAUAAGGGGUGACUUUUGAAACAAUUUUGCUGCUAAGCACCCCAGUCCAAGUCUCCUCGCUCAUUUAUCAUUGCACUGGCAUAAGAACUGACCUGAUCAUUUACCUUAUUAUACCCUCCACUUUGUUUCAGAUGUCAAGAAGUGUAUGCAAUCCAAAUACAUUAUGUGACUCGUCUGAAAUAAUACAUAAUUAUGUGUUUGUGUGUUUUCAGUUUCAGUUCACUUUUUAAGAACUACGUUUGUUGUUGACCUGUUCCUACAGCAGCUGACAGUUGGAACGUACUCUGGGCAAAAAUUCUAUAUAGUAUUUGUAAGUUACGCUGGACAGUAAAACAAAGUACUGUAUACCGUUGUUUGAGCAGGAACAAUACACAUUGAUAUAUUGUGGUUUGUGACUUGU